UACACCAAGCCUAAUUCCAUUUUGCCUAAUACCAGGAGACUCACCCGAACCUUCGCUCUCACCACAGCUCAGACACCAUCUCCGCCUGGACCGGCCACCACCACCGCCACCGCCACCGCCAACAGAAGAAGCACCCAAACAGAACAACUCCCAUCCAUCUCUCCGUUUCCUCCCGUUUGUUUUCCCAUCUUGUUUGACCUCGAUCCGAAGGCGGCAAGGCAACCAUGUCCAAUUGCGGGACCCUAAUUCCCCAGGAAAUCCUCACCGACAUACUCUCUCGACUACCCGUCAAAUCACUUUGCCGAUUCAAGUGUGUUUCUCCCUCCUGGAAUUCCCUUAUCUCCGACCCCUACUUCGCCAAAACCCACCUCAAUCGAACCAAGACCCAGAACAUUGUCAUCUCCAGCUCUCUCAAUCUUUACUCCAUCGACGUCCACAACGCCAAUCCAACCGCCACGAAUCUUGAUUUCCCUACGCUGGAACAACACGUUGCCAACAAGAGGGUCAAGGGGUGGAGCUCUUGUGAUGGCUUGCUUUUAGUUCCCUACAUUGAUAACUCCAACUUUCUCUUGUUAAAUCCAUCCACUAGCGAACGUAAGGAACUUCCCGCACUGCCGUUUGCGCUCGAUCCGGUUGGUACCUCCUCGUAUGCAUAUGGGGUGGGUUACAAUUCCUCUACGGAUGAUUACAAUGUUGUGAUGCUCUCUUGCAAUCAUACUGGAUCUGUUCAGAGUAAGAUUUCGAUUGUAGAUGUCUAUUCACUGAAAACUAAUGCUUGGAGAAGAAUUCAACACACCCCCUAUGUGGUCGGAACCUCAUGUUUUUGUGGUGGGGUUUUCUUAAAUGGGUGUCUCCAUUGGCUCUGUUGGAGGACUGGAUCCUAUGCGAUUUGUGCUUUCAAUUUGUUGGAUCAGAUUUUCAGGGAAGUGCCGAUGCCCGCUUCUCUUUGUGGAGGAUGUCGGAUAUUGCGUUUUUUUGUGGAGGUUGUUGGGGGUUUUCUCUAUUUGGUUAAAAGGCGGGCUUCUUGCAAAAGUGAGGUUUGGAAGAUGGAGGAGUACGGGGUAGGAGAGUCUUGGACCAAACUUACUAUUGAUUUACCUACUGGAACGCCUAGUUUGUGUUUACUGUGUCACCUAGCGGAAGACAAACUUUUGUUUGAUAAUAGUAGAUGGCAUGGAGAGAAACUGGUUGUGUAUGAUCCGAAAAAAGAAACACUGAGGGACGUGGUGGUUGCUGGAAUUCCAAGUGAAUUUACUGUUGGGCGUGCGUAUGUCGAGAGCCUCGUCUCUCCUAUUCUCAGACGAGGAAUUGGGAGGCAAUGAUAAGCUUCUCCCGGAAAUCGAUAAUCUUGUGCAAGAGACUAGCAUAGCUUUCAAACCCAUCAUUUGUGACAAUGUUUCACAAACUAGACUCAAUAGUUGGCAUUUUCAGGUUGCAGCAAGAUGAAGUUAAAUACUGAUAGGAGCUCUAGGAAGAACCCCUGAAGGGCUGGAUUUGGUGGAGUGUUUAUAGAGGAUCGUGGCUUAUGGAUAAUGGGCUUCUACAGGAAUCUGAAGGAGUGUUCAAGCAUUGAAGCCGAGCUUUGAGAAAUCUUUAAUGGCCAUGAGUUGAUAGCAAGUUUAAAUAGAUUGGCAACCAAGGACAGCCAAAGAAGAUGGGGCAUGGAGGUUGACCCUACUUGUGUCCUUUGUUCCCAACAUGCUGAAUCCUUGGCACACUUAUUUUUUGAAUGUGGUUAUUCAAGAUGCAUAUGGGAAACAACCUUGCACAGAUUCCAGAUUCAAAGAAGGGCAGAUGCUUGGGAUACGGAAAUUAACUGGGCAGUUGGAUUCUGAAAGGCAAGAGCUUCAGAUCAGUGCUGUUUAAAUUAGCCCUAGCUGCAGGAUUUUAUCAUUUCUGGAGAGAGAGGAAUUCCAGAGUAUUUGGAGGAAGACAUAGAAGCUCUGAUGAUCUUCUAGCUAGUAUUACUGAUAAUAUUAGACUUCGAGUCUGUACUUGGAAGCUUUUCCCCAAGUCUCUUGAGAACCAAAGGCUUUGCUGCCAAUGGAAUAUCUCGAACAGAGUUCUUGGAAAUGCUAUCCAUUAGUUUUUUCUUGUUCGGAUAGUUGUGUGAGGCUUUAGCUUCUUUGUAUAGGUUUUUAGCUGUUUGGGUCUGUUCCCUUUGUUUUUGUGUCGGUUGGUUAUAAAAUGGAUCAAAGUUGAUAGUGA